CAUCUUGUUUCCGACGUUUAAAGGUAGCCACUCCGGCGUUUGGGGCCUCUCAAGGUCUGGCUCUAUACAUGGGGCUGCCCUCCAAACAUUUCCCAAACUUGGGAGUUCCUUUGUGCAUCACUAGCAACCAGCAAAUUGAAUCGACGACUGUCUGCGCUCGCCAGGGAGCACCAGAGACGGGAUUUGAACACGCCGAUUUUCCAGGGCCAAAGUCAGAGCUCUUUCCACUACGCCACGCUCCGGUCUUAUCAAGCGCAUCAUCUUCCUUCAAGGGCCCCUAUGGUGUAAAUAUAGAAAUCAGCGUUUGCUGCAAGAACUUCGUUCAGUUCCCCCUGCCCUUGAAGGCCCUGACCACUUUCCGCUUCACCUCCGACCCCUGCCAGAAACGUGGAGUGAUCCUGACUACAAAGAAAAAUCGUGAGAUCUGUGCAGACCCUCAUAAGGCCUGGGUGAAGCAUGCCAUCAAGUAUAUCAAAAAGAAGGAUUGAGGAGAGGUUGAGCUCUGCUGUGAAAGCACUGAAAGCCUCUCUGUCCAGGUGUUGUUCCUAGAUGCUUCCUCCUUGAUCUCCAUCCUUUGUGGGGGAUCAGUAUCAAUAUAGUUGCUGUGUACCCGGUAUUGGGCCGUGCCCAGAAGAAAUAAGGCUAAGGUCUGCAGGACCCACCCAACCAGUUGGACUGCAAUUUUAAAGUCUGCCAAAUAUAUCUAUUAUUUCCCACUACCCUCUUUUUUUUUUUAACUCCACUUCCUCUUUUGUCCUCCCCUAACCUGGAGGUCCAGUGUCCUUUUAAUUACCUCCCUUUCCCCUCCACAUGCCAGUACACAUCACCUCCAGUCUUGCUUUCUCCUCCACUGCCCUAUGGCAAGGGUUCUUAAUUUGUGCGUGUGUAGGGUGUAUGUGUGUGUGUGUGCGCGCACACGUGUGUGUGAUGGACCUCAUCUAAGAAUAAUGGUUUUAUAUUUGUAAAAUAAAAUA